CUGUUUUUUUGACUGGCCGGUAUUUCAUAUCUUGAUACACGAAGUUCCUUUUAAUGUCAUGUCAUUCUAUCUUUAGCCAAUGGUUUUGGCUUUAUUUACGAAGGUUUCUCUAAAAAUUUUAUUUACUUCUCACAUGAGUCACGUAAGCUGACCGAGAAAGCCGAAAUUCAUGACAUAGUGUACCUCGAAAUGAUCGAGUUGUGCACAAAAAAGAGAAUGUUAAUUGGUAUAACACUAUUAGGAGGAUUAACAAUACUGGUAUUAAUUGUUGAAAGCCAUUGGACAGAAAAUCCCAAUAAACUUUAUUUAGAAAAUUUUGAAAAUAAUACAAGAUGCAUUUCUGGAGAUGAAUAUGAAGUAACAUCAGAAUGUCAUCCAUGUUCUGCUUUUGAAAUAGCAAGUAAAAGCAUUGAUGUAUGUGUUUACGCCAGAUACAAGGAAGUUCUGAAAUGUAAAAGCGGAGAGGCUAUAACAAGAAGUUGUGACAGGGUAGCUUGGUUAGAGGAAAGAGCAUUUUGGAAGUUUGAGACAGUUAUGUUCCUUUUGGCAUUAACUUCCUGUAUCAGUGUUUAUUGGAGAGAAAAUGUCCUGAGGCAAAGGAUAAUAAGAAAAGUAGCCAGGCAAUUGAGGGCUAGUGCAUAGUAUAAUAAAUAACAUUUUUUAUUUCUUUUAUUUGUGCUUUUAUGAUAUAUCAGGAAGUUUAAAAAAAUGAAUGAAGUUUAUUUGGAAGUAUAUUCUUUGACAGAAUUAUGUCUAGUUCCAAUAGAAACAAUAAUAACAUUAUUUACUGUAAAAUA